UACCACAAUCAUCAAGGGGCCCUAUGAUACCCUCACAGCAGAAUGCAUUUUCUGGUUCUCAGGCUUCCACAUCACAGCCUCAUUUUGCUGGUUUUACUGAGGCCUACACUGCUCCAUCCUUUUCUCAGAUUCCUGGCAUGGUUUCAGGCAGCUCCUCAUUUCAUGUUCCACCAUCAGUUGCCUAUAAUGAGGAUUAUGAUUUAGUUUCACCACAAGUUGCUGCUUCUUCUUCCCAACCAUGGUACUUUGAUAGUGGGGCAACAAAUCACAUCACCCACAGUAUUCAGAAUCUUGCUCAUCCUCAACCUGCUGUUAUGAAUGAUGGCAUCAUGGUUGGUAAUGGAUCUCAUCUUCAAGCCUCUCAUACUGGACAAACUUACCGACAAAAUCUUGUACAAGGGGCCUUGCCACAGGGGUCUUUAGCCCAUUCUGACCUCCUCUGAGAUUUCUUCUGGUAUCACUUCACCUAUUGCUCUUGUUUCUUCUGCUAUGAUAUGGCAUCAAAAGCUGGGUCACCCUAGUUUUCCUUUAUUUUCUGCUUUAAUAAAACAACAGGGAUUACCUGUUUCUAAACCACAUGUGAUCAACUAUAGCUUCUGUAAUAUGGCUAAGAGCCAUAAACUACAAUUUCCUAAAUCAGAAACUUUUUCUAUUGUUCCUUUUCAACUUGUGCAUAUAGAUGUGUGGGGCCCCUCUCCUAUUCCUUCUCAAAAGGGAUAUAGAUAUUACCUCUUAAUUGUGGAUGAUUUUUCUAGAUUUACCUGGUUAUUCCCUUUGCACUAUAAAUCUGAGGUAAAACAUGUUGUUGCUCAGUUCAAAGCAUAUGUCAACACUCAAUUUCACACGACCAUUUAAACUCUUAGAAGUGACAAAGGAGGUGAAUUCAUUAAAAAUUUUCUUCUAAAUUUGUUCUUAACCAAUGGUAUGCUUCAUCAAACCUCAUGUCCAGACACACCUGAGCAGAAUGGGAUUACUGAAAGAAAACAUAGGCAUCUCAUAGAAACCACUAUUACUCUUCUUCUUCAGGCACAAAUGCCUACUAGUUUCUGGCUUGAGGCAUUAAAACCUGCUGUCUAUCUUGUGAAUAGGUUACCUCAUUCUAGUAUUCAGUUUCAAAUUCCUUACACUUUGUUAUUUCAAAAAUCUCCUGACUAUUUGUUUCAAACCUUUUGGAUGUUGUUUCCCAUGGCUCAAGCCUUAUAAUUCUCAUAAGUUGCAUCCAAAAUCAACACCUUGUGUUUUUCUAGGUUAUUGUCCUCAUACUAAAGGUUACAGGUGUUUUGAUCCUUGUACAAACAAAGUAUAUGUCUCUAGGCAAGUCAAAUUUGUGGAAACUGAAUUUUCAUAUUCUGCUUUAGUCAAUUCUUCUUCUCCUCCUCCUUCUUCUUCUCCUUCUUACACCUCUUUUCAUGUUCCUUUUAACUACUUUUGAAGAUAUCAUCAUUCCUGUAUCUUAUCCUGUCUCUCCUCUUGUUGAAUCUAGUGUUCCUGUUUCUGCUUCUCUUACUAUAGUCCUAUUCCUCACUCUUCUUCUUCUAAUUCCAGUUCUGUCUCUUCUCCAUCUUCUUCUGUUCCAAAUGUCUCUACUGUUGUUCCAGAGAGUUUUUAUUCUGUUAUACCUCCUUCUUCUUCUCAUCCUAAUAAUCCUGCACCUCAUUCUAUGACCACAAGGUCCAAACAUGAAAUUUUUAAACCCAAAGCUGUUUUUAGUUUGAAUGUUGUGGGUACAAAUCCCUCCUUGCCAGACAAAGAACCAGUUACAUUUUUUGAAGCUAUGAAGUAUCCUGUUUGGCAACAAGCCAUGAGUGAGGAAUAUUCAGCUUUGGUGAAACAAAGGACAUGGUCUUUAGUACCACCUCCCUUAGGUGCUAUUAUCAUAGGUUGUCAAUGAAUAUUCAAAAUUAAACGACACUCUGAUGGGACUGUUGACAGAUACAAAGCUAGGUUGGUUGCCACAAGCUGAAGGUGUUGACUUUAAUGAGACAUUCAGUCCUGUGAUUAAGCAACCAACAGUCAAAGUUAUUCUCAGUUUGGCUGUCCAUUAUUCUUGGCCUAUCAAGCAACUUGAUGUAUCAAAUGCCUUCUUGCAUGGGGAUCAAUGAAGAAGUAUACAUGAGACAACCACUAGGAUACAAGGACCCUGAUCAUCCAUAGGUUGUCUGUAAAUUUUCUAAAGCCUUGUAUGGUUUGAGGCAAGCACCAAGGGCAUGGUACUCCAUCUUUUCUGGUUUUCUCCUUCAACAAGGGUUUAUUCAAAGUAAAGCUGAUUCUUCUUUAUUCAUUAAGACCACAGCAGAAGGUGUCACUUUGGUCUUAAUCUAUGUUGAUGAUAUCUUGGUUACUGGAAGUCUUUCUUCCUAUAUUACAGAGUUGAUUCAACUUCUUAGCUCUUAAGUUUGUAAUGAAAGAUCUGGGCAACUUGAGUUAUUUUCUGGGAAUUGAGGUGCUACGUCAUGGUCCAAAUCUUCUCCUUUCACAAUCUAAGUAUGGAACUGAUCUUUUGGUCAAGGCAGGCAUGUUUGAAUGUAAACCUAGUUCUUCUCCUUCAUCUUCCAAACCUGCUGUCUAUGAUCCUGACCCUGAUUUUCCUGAUGUUCAUUGGUUCAGAACUAUAGUGGGAUCACUUCAAUAUCUCACUCUAACUAAACCUGAAAUUUCAUUUGCUGUAAACCUGGCCUAUCAGCACAUGCAUAGUCCAAAACACAGCCAUUUUGUGGUUGUUAAACGAAUCCUCAGAUAUAUCAAAGGCUCUCUUCAACAAGGGUUGCAUUUUACUCCAAGUCCCUUAGUUCUAACUGCUUUUUCAGAUGCAGAUUGGGCAGGAAAUAGACUGGACCGAAGGUCAACAACUGGUUAUUGUUUUGUUUUUGGGUUCCAACUUAGUGUCCUGGUGUGCUAAGAAGCAACCCACUGUUGCGAGAUCUUCUACAGAGGCAGAGUAUAGAGCCUUACUCAAACAGCAGCUGAUGUCACUUGGAUUCAAACUCUUCUUUUGGAACUUGGAGAGCAUGCUUCUGUACAACCUAUCAUAUGGUGUGAUAAUAUGUCUGCUCUUGCAUUAGCUGCUAAUCGAGUGUAUCAUGCAAGGACAAAAUAUGUUGAGAUUGACUAUCACUUUAUUAGAGAGAAGGUGCUGUCUAAACAAAUUCAGGUUCAGCAUGUUGGCACUCAAGAUCAAGUGGCUGAUAUUUUUACUAAGUCUUUGUGUGCAGCUCGUUUUCUUUUGCUCAAAGACAAACUCAUUGUUGUUGACACACACAUGAGUUUGCAGGGGCAUGUAAGUCAGGGUCAUUAAGUCUGUUAGUUAGAUUAGUUAAUCUGUUGUAUUAAGUGGUAAGCUUGCUUAGCUUAAGUAAUGCAGUUGCUGAGCUGGAUUCGGUUAGGGGAUUCUGUUCUAUAAAGUGGUGCAUGAUCACCCUUGGUUCCUGAGUUGAGAAAUCAAGAACAGUAAUGAAAUUCAAGAUCUUCUACUUCCUCCCAGUUUAGAUCUAGGUUUACGAAUUCCACAAAGAUAAUGAGUGAAUUUGUGAUCAAGUGUGUAAAAGUUGCAGAUGAAAGUACUGCUGACUUUCUGGAAUAAUUAGUAGUAUUUGAUGGCGUGUUUUAA